AUGCCGAAGACAAGUGGCUUGUCACGUCUGCAAUUCAAUGCGAUGAAGACGGUAAAACUCAAACGGGCGGCGAUUCUUGCCAGUGGCGCCGUAAUUUUCAUCCUACUGUGCGUUAUCACCUCUUUGCCCGCUUCCGAGAAUCAACGCCCCGCAAGGGCGAUUAGACCAGGAAGGCUAUUACCGAUUCGACCACUAACAAAGGCGGCGCACACACAGGCCAUAUUUGGAGGAGCAUCGAUGCCGGCGACCAUCGUUGACGCUGCUGAUACGCUUUGGAUCAUGGACUUGAAGGAGGAAUACAAAGAGGUCCUUAAUUGA